CUCUCUCUGUUUGUUUGUGUGUGUAUGUGUGUGUUGAGAAAUGGGUUGGUCUAAGUGAUGUCAUCCGUUUCCCUCCCUCCAGAGGCACAUUACUGCGCUCAGUGUAGAGUGGAGAAUUGCGCGCACUUCGGAAAGACGCGCGACUCAGAGUGCAAGAAGUAGAAGAAGACACUGUGCACAGAUCAGCACCGGGGGAAUGUCAUCACUGGAUUAUCAUUCUGAACGCCACGACCGACACAGAAAUGUCCCGGUAACAUCUCUGAAGUCGUUGCGCGCGCUUUAACGUCUGCCAUAAGACAAGUGCGCGCUUGUGGAGGAACUUCUCAUGGCAGCGUUUAUAUGGCAUGCUGAUGUAAGACACCGGCGCGUCUUUUAAGCUGUCCACAUUCAUGCGCCGAGCGGAGAGGAUGCGCGCAACAUGGACUUGAGCGGACACAACGGCACGGAGGAGCGCAACGCGACUGCAGCUGCAGCGUGGCCACACACGGAGGCCGCGGCGGCCUUCAUCAUCCUCGUGGUGUCGCUUCUCAUCCUGGUUACCAUCGUUGGGAACGCGCUGGUCAUCGUAGCCGUGCUGACGAGCCAUGCGUUGCGCGCGCCCCAGAACCUGUUUCUGGUGUCUCUGGCCUCGGCGGACAUCCUGGUGGCGGCUCUUGUCAUCCCGUUCUCACUCGCCAACGAGGUGAUGGGGUACUGGCGCUUCGGCAGCGCGUGGUGCGCGCUCUACCUGGCGCUGGACGUGCUCUUCUGCACGUCCUCCAUCGUGCACCUGUGCGCAAUCAGCCUGGACCGCUACUGGUCGGUAACCGAGGCGGUGAGCUACAACGCGAAGCGCACUCCAGCGCGCGUUAAAUCCACGAUCGCGGUGGUGUGGGCGAUCUCCGCGGUCAUCUCCUUCCCGCCGCUGGUCAUGACCGAGCACAACGAACGGGUAUGUACCAUUAACGAGGAGCCGUGGUACAUCCUGUCGUCGGCGAUCGUGUCGUUCUUUGCGCCCGCACUCAUCAUGAUCGCCGUCUACCGCAAGAUCUACCGCGUGGCCAAGCAGCGCGCGUCAGCCGUCUUCGCAGCUAAAAACGGUGGCCCACGGCCGCGCGCUUCACCUUCCGAGACGUGCCUGGCGCGCGAUGUCAAACCUGAAGCGGAGAGCCCGAGCAGCCUGAGCUCCGGGAGCAACCGGCAGCAGGAGGAACGGCGAAGAAACGAAGACGACGACGACGACGAAGAGGAGCUCGACGACAUCGACCUGGAGGAGAGCUGCGCGUGGGACGGUCAGCCCAAAACAAGCGGCAGCGCGCGCUUCGCCAAGCGCAAGAAAGCGGCAAGCCGGAUGGAGCGGAGGACCUGCUGCCGCACCACCCCGUGGGCCUCCAAACAAACCCGCACCGCGCCGCGCGUCUCCAGGCCGCUGAAAGUCGCGAGGCCAAGCGCGCGGAAAACCAGAGCGGCGCAGCUGCGCGAGAGGCGCUUCACCUUCGUCCUCGCGGUGGUGAUGGGAGUGUUCGUGCUCUGCUGGUUCCCGUUCUUCUUCACGUACAGCCUGCAGGCGGUGUGUGGGGAACGGUGCCGCGCGCCAGAAGGCCUUUUCAAGCUCUUCUUCUGGAUCGGUUACUGUAACAGCUCCGUUAACCCCAUCAUUUAUACAAUAUUUAACCGGGACUUCCGGAAGGCGUUUAAGAAGAUCUUGUGCGCGUCUGCAACUCAGCACGUCUGAUCAGGAGUUUUGCUGGUAACUUUGGCCUGUGGACUUCAUGCACGAGUUUCUUUAAAAGCGGGCUUGCCAAAGUGUACUGUUUAUUUCACUCCACAUCACGGUUUAAAACUCUAAAUUAGACCAAAAUAUGAUUUUGCCAAAUUAAUACCAAACUUUGAAAUUUCAAGGUUCACCAGACUAGGGCAACUCUUUAUAGCUCAUAAUAAUAAUAAUAAUAAUAAUAAUAAUAAUAAUAAUAAUAAAUACUCAGAAUUCUAUGUUUCCACAGCACAAUGUGAUUCAAAUGAAGAGGUAAACCUGCAACCUUGUAAAUCUGGAAACAAUAUUUUAGUGAAAUGAUAUUUGUUCAUUAUAUUUGUACAUAGCCUACUUGAAAUGUUUAUAAUGUAAAAAAGAAAACGUUUAAAUGAUUAAAAUAAGCUAUAAAUGUU